AGGAGGAGGAGGAGGAGGAGGCGGCGGCGAGAAGAUGGCGACUUCGAACAAUCCGCGGAAAUUCAGCGAGAAGAUCGCGCUGCACAACCAGAAGCAAGCGGAGGAGACGGCGGCUUUCGAGGAGGUCAUGAAGGACCUGAGCCUGACGCGGGCCGCGCGGCUCCAGCUCCAAAAGUCCCAGUACCUGCAGCUGGGCCCGAGCCGUGGCCAGUACUACGGCGGGUCCCUGCCCAAUGUGAACCAGAUUGGGAGCGGCACCGUGGAUCUGCCCUUCCAGCCCAGCGGAUUUCUGGGGGAGGCUCUGGCAGCGGCUCCUGUCUCUCUGACACCCUUCCAGUCCUCGGGCCUGGACACCAGCCGAACUACCCGACACCAUGGGCUGGUGGACAGAGUGUACCGGGAGCGUGGCCGGCUUGGCUCCCCACAUCGCCGGCCCCUGUCAGUGGACAAACAUGGAAGGCAGGCAGACAGCUGCCCAUAUGGUACCAUGUACCUCUCGCCACCUGCGGACACCAGCUGGAGAAGGACCAAUUCUGACUCUGCCCUGCACCAGAGCACCAUGACUCCCACCCAGCCAGAACCCUUUACGGGUGGGUCCCAGGACGCGCACCAGAAAAGAGUCUUACUAUUAACAGUCCCAGGAAUGGAGGAGACCACAUCAGAGACGGACAAGAACCUUUCCAAGCAAGCAUGGGACACCAAGAAGUCUAGGGACCCUGCCUGGAGCCUGCAGUUCUUGGAUGGUGAUAGCGUCCGAGGGUCACAGACGAGGAGGCGGUUUCUCUGGGACCCUCUCCCCGGGGCUGGACGACAGGGCAGCCGCGGUCUCCGUCCUCUGGCAGCGUGGGCCAGGGAGCACGCCAGCACCGGGGUCCCCGUGGGAGCCGCAGCUCUGGGGCACCGCGCGGCUGGAAGGCGGACGGGGUCCAGGCCCAAGUCCUGCGAGGUCCCCGGAAUCAACAUCUUUCCAUCCGCCGACCAGGAAAACACUACAGCCCUGAUCCCCGCCACCCACAACACAGGGGGCUCCCUGCCUGACCUGACCAACAUCCACUUCCCCUCCCCCCUCCCGACCCCGCUGGACCCCGAGGAGCCCACCUUCCCCGCGCUAAGCAGCUCCAGCAGCACCGGCAACCUCGCAGCCAACCUGACACACCUGGGCAUCGGUGGUGCCGGCCAGGGGAUGAGCACCUCUGGCUCCUCACCACAGCACCGCCCAGCCGGCGUCAGCCCGCUGUCCCUGAGCACGGAGGCGAGGCGGCAGCAGGCCCAGCAGGUGUCGCCCGCCCUCUCCCCGCUGUCACCCAUCACUCAGGCCGUGGCCAUGGACGCCCUGUCUCUGGAGCAGCAGCUGCCCUACGCCUUCUUCACCCAGGCGGGCUCCCAGCAGCCGCCCCCGCCGCAGCCUCAGCCCCCGCCGCCGCCGCCGCCUGCGUCCCAGCAGCAGCCGCCCCCACCGCCCGCGCAGUCCCCCCCAGAGAACGCGGGCCAGCCGCCGAUGGGGAUCGACAUUGCCUCGGCGCCGGCUCUGCAGCAGUACCGUACUAGCGCCGGCUCCCCAGCCAACCAGUCUCCCACCUCGCCCGUCUCCAAUCAAGGCUUCUCCCCCGGGAGCUCCCCGCAACACUCUUCCACCCUGGGCGGCGUGUUUGGGGACUCAUACUACGAGCAGCCGAUGGCGGCCAGGCAGGCCAAUGCUCUGUCCCACCAGCUGGAGCAGUUCAACAUGAUGGAGAAUGCCAUCAGCUCCAGCAGCCUGUACAGCCCGGGCUCGACGCUCAACUACUCCCAGGCGGCCAUGAUGGGCCUCACGGGCAGCCACGGGAGCCUGCCGGACACACAGCAGCUGGGCUACAGCAGCCACGGCGGCAUCCCCAACAUCAUCCUCACAGUGACAGGAGAGUCCCCUCCCAGCCUCUCUAAAGAACUGACCAGCACGCUGGCCGGGGUCGGUGACGUCAGCUUCGACUCUGACAACCAGUUCCCCCUGGACGAACUCAAGAUCGACCCCCUGACCCUGGACGGACUGCACAUGCUCAAUGACCCAGACAUGGUCCUGGCCGACCCGGCCACCGAGGACACCUUCCGGAUGGACCGUCUGUGAGCGGCACGCCCGGCACACGGCCGCCCAGCCCCCGGGCUCCGUCACCCCACGGGUCAGUGGUCCCGACGGCGUCUCCCUGAGCCUGGGGACGGCGGCGCUCCGUCCCUCGCAAACGGCCGAGCUUGUGAUUCUGAGCUUGCAAUGCCGCCAAGCGCCCCCGCCCGCCCGCCCGCCCCCCGGUCGUCCACCUCCCGCGUGAGGCCGCGCGUCGUCGCCCCCGCGGAGCCCCCCCGCUCUCUCAUCCCCCUGUAAGAUGCGGAAAGCGUGCUGGGCAGGGCCGCCGGCCUCGGGGGGUGCCGUGCUCUGCGACGGUGGUGGGCUGAGGUGCACCUCGCGACUGUUGUCCAGCUCUCACUGCCUUCCUUUGUCCCUGGUCCCCCCACCCGCCCGCGCCCCCAGCCCUUGGUCAGGUAGCGAGCCAGCCCCACCCUGCCAAAGGGAGAAGGCGCCAGAGAGAGGGGGGUGGACGUGAAGCGAAAUAAACACUAUUUGGACUGCUGUCUUUUAUAUUUCUGAGCACACACAGGACGCUAGGCUCCAUCCUAUGGAGGUGGGAUGCGAACGGGUGAACGGAGCAUGCGAAGCAGCUAACUCUCCCCCCGGGGCCCAGUGGGAAGCCCACCACGCCCCUGCCUCGCCCACCCCCAGCCAGGCCCCUCGGUGGCCACCUUCGCUGUGAAACCCCCACCCAGGCCUGUCGGGGAUGCACGUGGAGGCAGGGAUUAUUUCUAGGGGGGUUUGCAACUAGUUUCCAUCUUUCUUUCUCUGUACUGUGGUCACUGUUACUAUUAUUUAAAGAAUGGGGUGGGGAGGGGGCGGCCAGGGCAUUUUUGUUGUGUUUCUUUUUGUUCGUCUCUUUUGGUUCGUAUUUACAUUUUGGUUGUAGACGAGUAACUGACUCUUUCAAGCCAACACUUGCCUGAGAGCAUGUUUUUAUUCUAGAAAUCCUCCGUUAAAAUAUUUGUAAGCUAACUGGAAGCAGUCUGCUGCCUGCCGAGGUCUGAGCUGCAUCUCUGGCCUUUUUAGUUUUGCUCUGUUAUCCCCAAACAGAAGGAUGUGAGGUUGGGCUGGGCUGGCUGCGCUGCCUGGGCACUCUGGCAGAAGCUGGCGGCAGUGGCCAGAGGUGCCUCCGCUCUGGUCCCAUGACAAGCCUUCUGGGAAGGAGCCACGGCUCUCAUGAGGGGUCUCGCGAAGACCCAGCUCUGACCAGCCCUCCUGAAGGUGCCAGCCAGUCCUCAGGGCGGGCCCGUCCCAGACCCCGUGGCCGGCGGCAGCUGCAGCCCCUCUGCUCUGAGAUGCCCUGGAGACGAGCCUGUCCUCAGCGCCCGCAUCCCGAGAACCAGCCGACAUGCGUCCCCUCCCAUCAUCCCGCCAUCUCUCUUGUAGCCCUUCCUGGCAGGGCUGGAUUUGGAAGCAAAGAGCAGUGUGCAUUUUAGCCGCUGGUUUCCAGGUGCUUCUCAAAGUGCCUCAGGAGGCCCAGGUGACCAUCCAUCGGGGCUCACUGGCGCACCAGAGGCUGUCCCUCUGCCCUACAGGCCCUGCGAGGGGGCAGCAGGGCUAGCUUUGUGUUCUGUCGGUUGCUUUGGAAUGGGAACCUCCGUUUCAUUCCCUCCGACCUCACAUCUCGAGUUCUUACUUGCUUCUCCACCUGCCAGCCAGGCUAGCACCUCCUGCCUGGCACGUUUCCGCCCCUGUCAGGGUCUUGGGAGCACCCGCCUCUGUCUGUGGGAGCCAGAUUUAAUCCUAGCGACCGUCCGCCUCUCUUGUUCCCCAGCCGGGCUGUUAGCAUGUGGCCAUGUGGCCACACAUACGGGAAGCCGCCCGUCCUCGGUCCCUUGGCCUCCGCCGCUGUUGUCUGGACUGGGGGACACAGUGUCAGUCCAUCCAGGUCAAGGGCCUGUCUUCUUUCCAUGGCAGGGGCUGGGGGCAGAAAGUGGGGACUCUUUUUUUUUUUUUUUUUUCUUUUUAAAGAGAAACUAUGUGUACAUAGAAGGGUUUGAUUACCAUUAGACUUGUAUGUAGAACUUUUAAAAAAAAUGGCCUUAAUAAAAUUAUAAGCAACCUUCCUGGAUGCAAUCUGCAGACAAGGCACUGGGGACCCUGCGAGGGAGCCCCGUCAGCCCACACUUCCCAUCUGCCCAGCACUGGGUUCUUGGUGCAGAUGGGCAGGGAAGGAGGGGUGGUCCAGCCUCGUAGGCCGUUUCUAGCAUCCCUCGGCCAGGAGCACAGGUGACGUUGUGUUAACACGCCAGCCUUGGCCCAUGAGGGACGUAGGUGCAGAGCUUUCCUGGGGAGGGGACCCAGCCAGGAGCCCGCGGCCAGGCGUCCUCAAAGGGUCCACCACCCCCUCCUGGGCCUGGGCAGGCCUCUGGGGGGUCUACAACAGGGGAUUUUGUUUUUUUUCUUAAAUAUCGCUUCUCUACUAAAUAUUGGAUGUGAAUUGCCAAGACUUUUAGAAACAGGACAGCUUAAGGGAAUCAGCCCUUUGACUUGUGAUGUGAAAAUACUGUGAUUUCAGGCGAGCUGUGCCGUGCGGGGUCCGCCGGGGCCCCUGCCUCAUGUAUGUAGAUAGACCCACCGCCUGCGUCCUCACUCGCUGUGGCCGAGCCCCCCCUCAGCUGUGACCUUUCCUCUGGGAGCACGAGCCAGCUGGCGUGUCCCCACCUGCCUCAGUUUACCCUCUGUCCUCUGAGCCCGCAAGGUGGUGAAUUUGUUCCCCCACAAGGCUCUUGGGCCGAGGAUGAGACCCGGGGUCAGCCCCUCUCUGUCCCCCAGAGAGGAGAGGUUAUGCCUCUGCCCUCUCCCCCAACCCGUCCAGCAUCGCCCCCUGCAGUGCCCAGGAUUGACUUGGGGGGGGAGAAGGAGGAGUCUCAUGGGGUCACAUCCCUGUCACAGGUACCCAUGAGGACCUCCACCGCCACCGUGCCCUUACCAGAGGGAAGACAGGCUGCAGUUUCUGGGGUGGCCUACAGUCCUCUCCCUGCUUUUCUUGCACGCCUUGUUUCCCCCCAGCACUCCUCCCUCAAGAAGGGUGGGGGCCGGUCCGUGAGACCCUCAGUGGAAAGCUCAGGGGGCAGGUCGACCCUUCAGCAAAAUGUGAGGGCUCACUGCCCACGGUACCCAAAAGCCAGUCAGGCUCCCCUGUGGGGAUAGAUGCACAGCAGAAGGGACCCUAGUUGCAUUGGGUCCAGCCUCCACCCUCACUGCGGUCCACAGAGCUCCCUGGGACCAGGCCUGCGAGGCCGGAAGGCAAGGCAGGGGUGUUGUGUUUGCGGCCCUUUCCCUGGCGACGCCUCCACACUAACCUCCAGCCUUUGCGCUGGCCUCGGGGCCACCUUCCUGCCCGGUGGGUGUGCCGUGGGGGGUGCUUGGCCGGCCUUUGCAGCCUGUGUGCUGUUAUCUCCUUGUGGGUUUUUGAGGGCCGGGCAGGAGGGUUCUGGGGUCUUGGUGUGUUUGGCCUGAUUUCUUCAGGCGGCUGACCUCCCAGGAGGACGGCUAGCCAAGCGGGACCCCAUCACGAGGCCCGUGUGUCACAGUGGGGUGGGCGAGGACAGCUGUCCAUCUGCCUGUCCAUCAGAUGCUGUGAGACCCCUGUGUGGAGGGCGAGAGGUCCCAUGUCGUCCAUCCAUCCUGCCGGGGUGAGGGCUGCCUGCCGGGUGCUGGCUGCGGCCUGGUCAGGGUGUCGGGAGUAGGUGCAAGGCCCCUGGGGGGCUGGGCAGAGCUCAAGCAGCAGGGGUGACCCCCCCUCUGUCUGUCAUCCUGGGCCUCAUGAGCCCCCAUGAUCACCUGCUCCUAGAGGAGACUGUUGACCCAGAGGCCUCCAGGGGGCCGAGGACGCGUGGGACGGUGCAGCCCUCCCCAGACGUCCAUAUCGUGGCCGAGCCUGAGCUAGUUCAUAACCAAACAUGCUGCGAGACUGCUGCGCCCGGCUGCAUUCUGCGUCUUCUGCGUUUCCAAAGAAGGCAUCCCCUCCCCAGGGUGCAGGCUGGGUGUGGUGAGGCCCGGUGGGGUUGGGAGACCCACCAGCUCCCCCGCUCCUGCCCCCAGUCCUGACAAAGCAGCAGCAGCACCCAUCACCCUCACUGGGUUCUGAGGGAGCUGCAGUCGGAGGCCUCAGGGUGCCCUUGGCGUGGGGUUGGAGCACAGGGGUGCGACGUCAAGGGUGCCUGGUGCCCUUGGGCCUGGCUGCCACCCCUGCAGGGGACACUACAGGUGAGGGAGCUGUGGCCACCCGAGCGCCCCCCGCCCCCUAGUAUGUGACCUGAAGAGCUGGGGGAGGAUUUGGCGCCUCGCCCACCCUGGGAGGCCUGCCUGGGGUGAGUAGGCAGCCAGGUCUGUUUCCGCCUGAGUUCUCCGUGGACCCUGGGCCCCCGCUCCCUGGGGGUUUCACAGCAUGUGACGGAGGUCCCUGAGACGGUCCUUUUUCAGGCCGUGCCCAGCCAGCUUGGCCUGAGCCAACUCUUUUUGGCUUCCCUUGGCUUUUGGGGGUCCUGGCUGGGUGGGGCUCAGGCAUCUCUCAUAACCGUUGGCGUGCCACAGACAGGAGUUCUCCCCUAGCGGAGGUGGGGUGACCUGCACCCCCCCUUGGGCACUGGGGUACUCCUGAAGGCACCGGGGGGUGGACAAGACUCUUGUGACCUGGGCCUCAGUUCCCUCUCGUCAUUAGCUCAGGCCCACGGGUCUCAGGACCCCAGGCUCGUCCCAGGCAGGGUAGGGGCAGGGGCUGGACAGUUCUGCCUUUCGCCCUCCUGCCAACACACUGUCCCAAGGAGCCAGUGACACGGGGGUUGCCCCCAUCUCGCAGGGUUGUGGAAUUUGGGGGUAAUCGAUGCCCAGCCUGUCAUUUCUAACCUCCCGCCAACUGGGGACAAGGGGACACAGCUGUGGCAUUUGCCACCAGACUCCGGGAGGGAGGGCUUUGGCAGUCGAGGUCCACUGGCCCCGCCGUGCCCUCCGUAGGAGACUGCCCCUCCCCCUCCAGGGGCUGGGCGGUACCACUGAUAUAUGCAAACCCGCCAGUCCAAGCCCUGUCCCACCUGUGUCCCUCUUUCCCCAGGCUGGCUCUGCCCCCCCUCCCCCAGCAUGUACAGUGUGCUGUAGGUGUCCCGUGGGCCGCACGCGUGGGUGCCCAUGGCGGGUGGGGGCGGGCGCUCAGGGCGCACUUGGCCGGCCCCUGCCCAUCCUCUCUGGUGUGGACGCUGUCGUCUUUGUACCUUUGCAUCCUUUGUAAUGAAACGUAAUA